GUCCCUUUCUGUUUCUGCAGUCUGAGAGGGUGGAAAGGCUGUGAUGAAGAACCAGGGAGUGGAGACCAAAGCAGCUCCACGUCCUUCCAGAACGAGCAGCGGGAUGGGGCUGGAAGAGGGAGACUCACCUGAGGCUGCAGCUCCCCCAGAAGCUCCCCUGACACAGGAGGAUCCCAAACCCGCCCGGCCCUCGGUGCGCGACGUCUCGGAGGAGCUGAGCCGGCAGCUGGAGGACAUCCUCAACACCUACUGUGUGGAUGCCAGCCAGGAGAACCAGGGGGAGGACGGGGGGCAGGGAGAGCCCCCCGAGCCUGAGGAAGCUGAGAAGGGCCGCAGUGAAUCCCCCAGGAACGGGGAGCAGGAGCCUGGAGGCCCCGAGAUGAACGGGGAGAAGGAGAACAGCAAAGGGAACGAGGAAUUCCGGCCCGGAGAGGAGGGAGGAGAGCGGGAUCAGAAGAAAGCUCAGGAGAAGAAGAAAGCCAAGGGUUUAGGCAAGGAGAUCACUUUGCUGAUGCAGACCCUGAACACCCUGAGCACGUCAGAGGAGAAACUGGCAGCACUCUGCAAGAAAUAUGCAGAGCUGCUGGAGGAGCACAGGAACUCCCAGAAGCAGAUGAAGAUCCUGCAGAAGAAGCAGAGCCAGCUGGUGCAGGAGAAGGAUCACCUGCAGAGUGAGCACAGCAAGGCCAUCCUGGCCCGCAGCAAACUGGAGAGUCUGUGCCGGGAGCUGCAGAGGCACAACCGAACCCUCAAGGAGGAGGGUGUCCAGCGUGCCAGGGAGGAGGAGGAGAAGAGGAAGGAGGUGACCUCACACUUCCAGGUGACUCUGAACGACAUCCAGCUGCAGAUGGAGCAGCACAACGAGAGGAACUCCAAACUGCGCCAGGAGAACAUGGAGCUGGCAGAGAGGCUCAAGAAGCUGAUUGAGCAGUACGAGCUGAGGGAGGAGCACAUCGACAAGGUGUUCAAGCACAAGGAGCUGCAGCAGCAGCUGGUGGAUGCCAAACUGCAGCAGGCCCAGGAGAUGCUGAAGGAGGCAGAGGAGAGGCACCAGAGGGAGAAGGACUUUCUGCUGAAGGAAGCUGUGGAAUCCCAGAGGAUGUGUGAGCUGAUGAAGCAGCAGGAGACUCACCUCAAGCAGCAGCUGGCUCUGUACACAGAGAAGUUUGAGGAAUUCCAGAACACCCUUUCCAAAAGCAGUGAAGUGUUCACAACGUUUAAACAGGAGAUGGAGAAGAUGACCAAGAAAAUCAAGAAGCUGGAGAAGGAGACCACCAUGUACCGCUCCCGUUGGGAGAGCAGCAACAAAGCCCUGCUGGAGAUGGCAGAGGAGAAAACCCUGCGGGACAAGGAGCUGGAGGGGCUGCAGCUGAAGAUCCAGCGGCUGGAGAAGCUCUGCCGAGCGCUGCAGACGGAGCGCAACGACCUCAACAAGAAAGUGCAGGACCUGUGCGCCCACACGGAGCUGCUGGAGCCUCUGAAGGAGCCACCCCGCGACAGCUCCGAGGCAGCUCCGGAUCCCCCGAGCUCGGGAAAGGCCCCGCAGAGCCCGGAGCCCGCGGGAAUCGCGGCGGAACUGAGCACGGCAGGGGCGGGGCAGAGCGGGACUGACUGAGCCCCGGGCAGAGGGAGGGCGUGACCCGGGAGCUGCUUUGGAUUCCUCACAGGUGGGAAAGGACAGCACGCAGCCCUCCCGGGGAUGUGACAUUUCCUAGGUUAGGUUUUUUUGGAGGGUUUUUUUAAGA